AUGUUCGUUUUAGCCCUGAUGGGUUUAAAGCGAUCCGAGAGCUUCCACUCAGUCCCUCUGACGAGAGAAAAAAUAUGUCAAAAGUGUCGUGAUAGAGAAGUGGAGAGAACGUUUUACAGGGUCGAUUGCAUUCUACGUGAGACACCUAAUGUCACUGCUGGAAAGCUUUCUCCGGAGAUCGCCGAGAAGGCUGGAGUUGAUAUCACAAAGCUCGCCAUUUAUCCAUUGAGAAUCAGGUUCACUGUUCAUCAACAUAAGCUGGAAGCCCUCGCUAAACUCGACAGCAUCAGUCACAUCGAAGAGGUUCGACCAGACGAAGUACUCAAUGACCUGGCUCGUGGAACCCUCAAUGCUGAAAUCCUUGCUCUGUCCACAUCUUAG